GGGAAACGGGGGUCGGGUCGGGUCUGUCAAAAUGUCUUCAGUCCUUUGCAGAGAAGAAGAAGAUCCAGACGGUGUGUAAAUGUGAUUUUCCAAUUUCACAUCUCUCUCUCUCUCUCGCUCAAUCGGAGACGAAGAACAAUCUGAAUGAAUCGGAGCUUAUCUUCUCAAAAAGCGCACUCGAUUGAUUCGAUUUUCUCGUCUCAGGUUUGAGCUCUGGGUUAGGGUUUGUAGUCUGGAGUAGAAUUCAGAUCGGGUUUUUAGAUUGUGACACAUUUUCUAGAGUAAAGUUGGGAUUGGAAUUUCUGAUUACGGUUUGGAUUGGAUUUGUUGAACUAAUUGAGAGUCAUUGAAAGGGUUUCUAUUAAUAAUUGUGAAUCUAAAAAUGACUGUAAUUAUACAGGGCUAAAAACCAUUUUGGUUUCUGGGUUUUUCUAGGGGGUGAAGUGAAACCCUAGAAAUAGUUUGAAUUGUUGUGGAAGAUGAGAAUUCAGCACUGUUACUUGAAUUUAGAAGAAUAAUGGGAGAAAUUAUAGCUUUGUUUAAAUAAUAGAACAGUAAAGAAUCAAUGGAAGAUUGUUCAAAGUAUGCCCAUAGUCCUGUUCACUUGGCAGUUGCACGCCGUGACUAUGCUACCCUCAAGAAAAUUAUCUCAACCGUACCUCAGCUGGCAAAGGCCGGAGAAGUUAACACUGAAGAUGAAUCUCUUGCGGCCGAGCUUGAAGCUGAUGCUGUAUCGGCAGUUAUUGAUCGCCGAGAUGUUCCGGGCCGUGACACUCCUCUGCAUCUUGCGGUGCACCUAAGGGAUCCGAUCUCCGCUGAGAUUUUAAUGGCAGCAGGUGCUGAUUGGAGUCUCCAGAAUGAGAAUGGCUGGAGCGCUCUCCAAGAAGCAGUUUGUAGCAGAGAAGAAAAUAUUGCUAUGAUCAUUGCUCGGUACUACCAGCCUCUUGCCUGGGCCAAAUGGUGCCGUAGACUACCUCGCAUAGUCGCUUCAGCAACUCGAAUUCUUGAUUUCUACAUGGAGAUAACUUUCCAUUUUGAGAGCUCAGUUAUUCCGUUCAUUGGUCGAAUUGCACCGUCGGACACUUAUCGAAUUUGGAAGCGUGGUUCCAAUUUCCGUGUUGAUAUGACCCUUGCUGGCUUUGAUGGGUUCCGAAUUCAACGGUCUGAUCAGACUUUCCUCUUCCUUGGAGAGGGAUAUUCUUCUGAGGAUGGGAAUAUAUCUUUGCCUCCUGGAUCUUUGAUUGUGCUUGCUCAUAAAGAAAAAGAAAUCACAAAUGCAUUGGAGGGAGCAGGUGCUCAACCGACAGAAGCUGAAGUUGCCCAUGAAGUGGCCUUGAUGUCUCAAACAAACAUGUAUAGGCCAGGUAUUGAUGUUACUCAGGCUGAGCUGGUUCCCCAUCUAAAUUGGAGGCGGCAAGAGAGAACUGAGGUGGUUGGAAAUUGGAAGGCAAAGAUCUAUGAUAUGCUUCAUGUGAUGGUGAGUGUUAAAUCGAGGCGGGUCCCUGGUGCUAUGACUGAUGAGGAGCUUUUUUCUGUAGAUGAUGAUGAAAGGACAGGAAAUGGAGGUGAGCAUGAUGAUGAUGUAUUGACAGCUGAAGAAAGGAUGCAGUUAGAUUCUGCACUUCGCAUGGGAAACUCAGAUGUUCUUUGUGAGGAUGAGGACCGUGGGGUUCAGGAUGGCCAUGCAAAUGGUGAUAGUGGUUCCUAUGAAAAUGCUGAAUCAAAAGAGAAGAAGAGUUGGUUUGGUUGGAAUAAGAAAGGUUCGAAACAUGGAGGUGGUGAUGAUUCAAAAAUUCUGAAGAAGUUCUCAAAGUUGGCCCCAGAAGGUAGCAACCAGCGACCUAAUGAUGGUCAAAGAUCAUCCUCUGAGUUUCCUAGGGAGGAUAUGGUGGAUACUAAAAAGAGUAAAGAUAAAUGCAGCAAGAAGAAAAAGAUGAAGGGGGCCACAAGUGAGCCUAAGAGUGAGAGUGAGUAUAAAAAGGGUUUAAGGCCUGUUCUGUGGUUGACCCCGGAUUUCCCUCUGAAGACGGAAGAGCUCUUGCCUUUACUUGACAUCUUAGCCAACAAAGUGAAAGCUGUUAGGAGACUGAGGGAGCUUUUAACUACUAAACUACCUCAAGGCACAUUUCCUGUUAAGAUUGCUGUCCCUAUUGUUCCAACCAUUAGAGUCCUCAUCACUUUUACAAAGUUCGAGGAGCUUCAGCAGAUGGAAGAGUUCUCAACCCCUCCUUCCAGCCCUAUGCAUUUUGAAGAUGCCAAAUCUAAGGAAUCGGAAGGGUCAACAUCAUGGAUGUCGUGGAUGAGAGGGAGCCGUGGCGGGCAAUCAAGUGACAGUGAAGGCCGCAGCUUCAGGGAUGAAAUUGACUCUUUCCAAAUACCAUCUGACUAUGCGUGGGUUGAUGCCAAUGAGAAGAAGCGUCGUAUGAAAGCGAAGAAAGCAAAGAACAGGAAACAUAGGAAACAAACAGCAGCUAAAAGCGGGGACAGUGGACGCCAGGCAAGCGAGGAUUUGGAAGAGUAGAUGAGGUAAAAACCAUUCCUUAAAACACCGACCUCAAUUCUUCCCUCCUAUGCGGUACCAAUGUACCAUGACUCUUGGGAUAGUUAUUUUGUUUCAUUGUUGUAUUUUUAUGCGAUGUGAAAUUGUUGAGGAACAAGAUAUUCUUCGUUCUUUAAUAUUUUUUUGUUUUCUUUGUUCUAGUUCUUUUGAAACCUCUCCAUGUAUCUACUAUAUAUCUGUGAUUAUCUAGUUUACAUUUGUGAUUGGAUUCUUUUGAA